UCAAAUUUUUAAUUUUAGGCUAUGGGUGAAAAUAUAUAUGACACUAUCAAGGGACUCUCCUUCCAGACUUAUACACCUCAAGAAAUUGAGAAGCUUAGUGCUGUUGAAGUUACAAAUCUUGUAGUUUUGGACAAUGUCGGGCAUCCAACUCCAGGAGGAUUAUAUGAUCUCCGCUUUGGACCCAAUGAAAAAGAUGAGUUAUGUGCUACAUGUGAAUUAAAUUACUUCCAUUGCCCUGGCCAUGUUGGUCACAUUAAGUUGCCAGUGUGUGUGUUUAAUCCAGUAUUUUUACCUAAAUUGUAUCAGAUUUUGAAAGGUUCAUGUUAUCACUGUCACAAGCUUUUUGCGCCACCUCUUGCCGUUCAGUUAACUCUGUAUCAGUUAAGGGCAUUGGAUCAUGGUUUACUUAGUCUUGUGCAAGAUCUGGCUGAAGUGGCAUCUGGUGGAAGUGAAGUUAUAGAUGCAACUAUUGUUUUUAAAAAGUUAAAGGAAAUGUUUGAAAGGGCUCUCAAAGAAGCAAAACUUGGGAGCACAAAUCAGCAUGUCAAAAGUGUGGUGGAAUUUCGAAGAAACAUUGUUAAAGAUUUUAUAAGAAAUUACAUGAUGAAGUCUAUUUCUAAAUGCCCACAUUGCAAAACACCUCGGAAAAAAAUGACUUUAUAUAAGACAAGAAUUGUUUGCACAGAAGGAAGAGUAAAAUUAGAGUCAGAAAAGGACAGAGGAAAUAAAGAAAUAACACCCGAAAAGGCAAGGGAUCAUAUGUAUAUUUUGUGGAAAAAUCAGAAAGAUAUCCUGCAGUGCUUAUACAGAAUCCUUGCUCAAGAAGAAAAACAGCAGAAUGUUGCAGUUGAUAUAUUUUUCCUGAGUUCAGUUAUUGUACCUCCUUCAAGAUUUCGGCCGCUGAUUGUUAUGAAAGGUAAAAAAUAUGCUGAUCAACAAACCCUGAAAUUCAAAGAUAUUCUCAGUGAUUGUAAACUUAUCCAAAAUAUAUGGAGACUUGCUAAGCGUGUAGAUAUUGAUGAAAAUGAAAAGGCAUUAAUAAAUAAAAUUCCUGGCAAAUCUGAAGGAGACAAGUUUAAUUAUGUGUAUCAAUCUUUACAAAGGCAUGUAGCUGAACUGUUUGAUUGUGAGCAAAGUAAAGAAAACUUUUCAAAAGGCAUCAAACAAAUCCUUGAAAAGAAAGAAGGUUUAUUUCGUAUGAAUAUGAUGGGUAAAAGAGUUAAUUAUGCAGCAAGAUCUGUGAUCUCACCUGAUCCAUACAUACAAGUAAAUGAAAUUGGCAUUCCUUUGGUAUUUGCAAAGAAACUAACUUUUCCUGAGCCUGCUUCACAGUGGAAUUUUGAAAAAUUGCGUCAAGCUGUUAAAAAUGGACCGAACAUUUAUCCAGGAGCUUCAUUAAUACAGAAAGAAGAUGGAAAAAUUGUAAAAUUGACUGGUGAGCCUUCACAACGUGAGGCUUUAUCAAAGCUCCUUCUUACUCAACAAGGAAGUGUUAUAGGUGGAGUUAAAAUUGUUCACAGGCACAUUCAAGAUGGAGACAUGUUGUUAUUAAAUCGACAACCCACCUUGCAUAAGCCAAGUAUUAUGGCUCAUAAGGCACGCAUCCUUCCUGGUGAAAAAACCCUCAGGCUACAUUAUGCAAACUGCAAAGCAUAUAAUGCAGAUUUUGAUGGGGAUGAGAUGAACGCUCAUUUGCCUCAGACUUAUGGCGGACAGGCUGAGUGUCGCCAUAUUGUAAAUGUAAACCACCAGUAUCUUGUGCCAAAAGAUGGUACCCCUCUUAGUGGUUUGAUUCAGGAUCACAUUAUUGCAGGCACUUUGCUAACAAUGAGAGGACGUUUUUUUGACAGAAAUGACUAUGAAAAGCUAAUAUAUAGUGCAUUGACUUUUACAAGGAAACGCUUAAAACUUUUGUCCCCAUGUAUUUGGAAGCCUGAGGCUCUGUGGUCCGGAAAACAGAUUGUAUCCAGUAUUAUUAUUAAUCUUAUACCAGAAGAUAAAUUGCCACCAACUCUUGAAGGAAAAGCUAAAGUCUCCUCAAAAAAUUGGGUGAGAGAACCUGUUAGAGAUUGGAAAGCAGGUGGUACUCCUUUGUCUGGGGAUAACAUGAGCGAGUCAGAAGUAAUAAUAAGAUCAGGUGAACUUUUAUGUGGUGUAAUAGACAAAGCUCAAAUUGGACCAACACCCUACAGUCUUAUUCAUGUUUGUUAUGAGUUGUAUGGUGGAGAAAUAUCAAGUGUUAUCCUUACUGCUCUAGCGCGAUUAUUUACUCAUUAUUUGCAGUUUUAUUCAGGCUUUACUCUUGGUAUUAAAGAUAUUGUUCUCACUCCAAAGGCUGAUAAGAAAAGGAAAAAGGUUCUUAAGAAAACAAAGGCUAAAGGUUUGAUUGCAUGUGCUAAUGCCCUAGAAGUUGAAAAUCCUGAAGAAAAUAUAGAAAAGUUAUUAACUAAGUAUAAGGAAACCCAUUUUAACAGAGAUGAUUUUGGACUAAAAGUGGUAGAUAUGGAAAUGAAGAAAGUUACCCAUGAGCUUAAUAAUAAAAUAAAUACGAUUUGUAUACCAGAGGGCUUAAAGAUCAAGUUUCCAUUUAAUAAUCUGCAGUUGAUGGUUGAGUCGGGAGCAAAAGGCUCUUCGGUAAAUGCUAUGCAGAUAUCUUGCCUGUUAGGUCAGAUUGAAUUAGAAGGACGUCGAAUGCCAUUGAUGUUAAAUGGUUGUACUUUACCAUCAUUCCCAGCUUAUGAUACUUCCCCAGAAGCUGGAGGAUUUGUUACAGGGCGCUUUUUGUCCAGCAUAAAUCCGCAAGAAUACUUUUUUCAUUGCAUGGCUGGUCGAGAAGGCUUGAUUGAUACAGCUGUGAAGACAAGUCGUAGUGGUUAUUUACAGAGAUGCCUUAUAAAACAUUUAGAAGGUGUUACUGUGAAUUAUGACCUUACUGUGAGAGACAGUGAUGGUUCAAUUGUUCAGUUUUUAUAUGGAGAAGAUGGCAUGGAUGUGGGGAAAAUGCAGCUGCUGAAAGAAAAUCAAUUUCAUUUACUAGCAAAAAAUUAUGAUGCUGUCAUAAAUAAAGAACAACUUGAAAUGUUGUUAGAUCGAAAAGAUUCAGACAUGGAAAAGCAAAAACGAAAAAUAAAGAAAUGGAAAAAAAAACACAGUUCUUCAGAGCCUCGCUUAUCACUGAUAAAUAAGACUGAAAUUCCACCAGCAUUUUCUGAUUUGAAAAAGAGACUUCAAAAAAUAUUGAAUGAAAAGCAGAAUAUUGAUGAAUAUGUCAAAAAAAAGUUUGAACGAAAACAUGGUAGAUGUCCCGACCCAGUUAGUUCUAAGUUUAAACCCGAUGUAACAUUUGGAUCUGUAACAGAAAAAUUGGAGUCAGCAAUUUCUGAUUAUGUAGCAAGAAACCCUCAUGGACUUCUUCAUUAUGAUACUGAAGAUAUUUCAGGAAAGUUAUCAGCUGAGAAAUUUCAGGAUUUGUGUUAUUAUCGAGCUAUGAAAUCUUUAGCUGAACCUGGUGAAGCAGUUGGUCUCUUAGCUGCUCAGUCUAUUGGGGAGCCAUCUACUCAAAUGACACUGAAUACUUUCCAUUUUGCUGGAAAAGGUGAGAUGAACGUUACCUUGGGUAUUCCUCGUAUCCGUGAAAUUUUGAUGACUGCAAGUGCAAAUAUUGCUACUCCAACUAUGGAUUUGCCUCUUCUUGAUAAACCGGGGAUUGAAGAAGAAGCUGAAAAGCUAAGGCUUCAACUAGCUCCUGUUUCUUUGAAAGAAAUUCUUGAAGCUAUUAAAGUGAAGGAAUAUAUUUCUGUAUCUACAAAUGUAUCAAGUAUAAGAAGUUACAUUGUAAAAUUUAAAUUCUUAAAGUAUUCAGAAUAUAAGGGAUACAUAAAUACAUCACCAUCAAAAAUUCUACACUACAUGGAACAUGUAUUUAUAAAGAAAAUCUUAGAAGUUCUUAAGAAGAAAAUGAAACAGUCUUCAUCUUUAGAUUUUGUUGGUUUUAUGAAAGAUAAUAUAAAAAAAGUAGAGCCAAAUGAGGAUGAGUCAGAAGACGUUCCUCAAGCUGAUGACCCAACACAAUUAAAUGAAGUAGAAAGCUCUGAAGAAAGUGAAGAUGAAGGAGACACCAUUUCAGCUAAAUCUAAGUUGCAUCAUAAGCAAGAACAAGAGUAUGAAGAUCCAGAAGAUGAAGAAAUGCUUCCUGAAUCUAAUUCAGAAACUUCUGAUAUAGAAACAGAAAUCAGUAUAAAGAAAGAGGUUAGGAGCUCUGAUGAAGGAGAAAAUGCUGCAGCAAAUCCUCAUGAGUUUAAAAAAACUCCCAAAAUGACUGUCAGUGAAAAUGAUAAAGCUUUACGUGUUAAUUAUGUAAAAUGCAUUCAUCAUUGGAUCGCAGAUUAUAAUUUUGAUUCCCGCUAUGAAAGAUGGUGUGAGGUGACCUUUCAGGUUAGCUUAGAUGGUUGUAAAAUAGACAUGCAAAGUCUUCUUGAAGAAGAAGUAAAUAAAGCUUAUGUGCAUUUAGUUCCCGAAAUCAAAGAUGCAAUAUUAGUCAAAAAUCCUAAUGCCAAAGAUGGGUCUAAAUUAAUGCUGAAGACUAAUGGUGUUAACUUCUUGGAAAUUUUCAAGUAUGUUGAUAUUAUAGACAUCAAUAAAAUUUAUAGCAACAACAUCCAGGCUAUAGCUGAGACAUAUGGUAUUGAAGCAGCAGCAAGAGCCAUACAGAAGGAAAUUGAGAAUGUGUUUGCUGCAUAUGGUAUAAAGGUUGACCCUCGCCACUUAUCUCUGAUAUCAGACUAUAUGACAUCUAGUGGAGCUUAUCGCCCAUGUAAUAGAAUAGGCAUGGAAGCAAAUGCUUCACCUUUACAACAGAUGACAUUUGAGACAACAAGAAAUUUCCUGGUUGAUGCCAUGCUUUUAGGUAUCGAUGAUCAACUUAAAUCACCAUCUGCCAACAUUAUUGCUGGAAAACAGGUUAGAGCUGGCACAUGUGCUUUCGACCUUUGUCCUAAAUUUGGACGUUAAUCAUCAAGAUAUCCAGUGAUGUGUAAAUACAAACUGUAAUUUAUGUCUGUAAAUAAAUUUUUUACAUUUAAACUGA